AUGAAGACCUCUCUUUCUUCACUCACCAACACCCUCUUGUUCCUUCUCUUUCUCUUCUUCCUCACCUCAGCAAACUGCAGACUGAUCCCUACCCCUACCUCCUCAAGAAACCACCACCAUUGCAAUUCUUUUUCCAACAGAACCUCACGUUCUUUGUGCUAUAACCUUCAAAGAAUACACCGUCACAAUCUUGAUCCACCUCCGACAAAUAUCGGGGUUGAAAUUGAUCCAAAGUAUGGUGCUGAGAAGAGACUAGUCCCCUCUGGACCAAACCCACUUCACAACUGA